UGGAAGUACUGUCAAAGAUAGGAUUACCGCAUUAUUAUUUUUAAAUGGGCCAAAAUGACGAUACAAGAGAUAAGUCUCGGAUAGACGUUUCCCACCAGACGAAACAAGAGGUUAGCUCUUCUUCGUGCAGCUAUUAAACCACAGGAUGCACCAGGAUGUAUCAGUAACUCCCUCACUCGCAUUUCGACCGCCAUGCCAUCCGAAACCCCCUUUCAAAUCAACAUCCCUGACAAGAAACUCAGUAUCCUUCGAGCUAAACUCGAGCUUGCCACUUUCCCGGAUGAACUUCAGGAUAUCGGCUGGAGGCACGGCCCGCCUUUGGCAGACAUGAAGCGGCUCGUGGAGAGGUGGAAAAACGGGUACGACUGGCGCAAAUAUGAAAAGGAAUUAAACCAAGAGCUGCCGAUGUUCACCCGCGACAUCGACGUGGAUGGUUUCGGCGCGCUGAAUAUUCACUAUGUUCACAAGAAGAGCGAAACUGUUGAUGCCAUUCCCUUGUUGUUUUGUCAUGGAUGGCCUGGAAGUUUCAUAGAAAUCAGGGGAAUGUUGUCCCUCUUGACUGCGUCGUCCCCUAAACAUCCUAGCUUCCAUGUUGUGGCGCUUAGCUUGCCUGGUUUUGGCUUUUCGGAGGGCGCUCACAAACCAGGCUUUGGUCUUGAUCAAUAUGCUGAGGUAACCCAUAAACUCAUGAUUGCUCUCGGGUACAACGAGUAUGUGACAGAGGGAGGCGACUGGGGUUUCCUUAUCACUCGGAGAAUGGCUGCUAAGUAUGGUGGAAAGCAUGUCAAGGCAUGGCACACCAAUUUUCCGAUGGCCGACCCGCCGACUUGGAAAUCGCCCCUGUCUUUCUUGUCGUACUUGCUAACCCCUUAUUCCGCAGAGGAAAAGGCAGGACUUGAGCGCACCGCGUGGUAUCGCAACAAGUCAUCCGGCUACUUUGUUGAGCAGAGCACCUUCCCACAGACACUCGCUUACGGUUUUACGGAUAGCCCUGUUGCACUGCUUGGUUGGUUUUACGAGAAAUUGGUCAUCUGGACCGACGACUACAAAUGGACUGAUGACGAAGCUCUGACAUGGAUCUCUAUAUACUGGUUCUCCCGUGCUGGUCCCGGUGCUGCCCAUCGCAUUUACUCCGAGGUGUAUGGCGAUUUCUACAACUUGGGUCGUACUAGUUACCCCACUAUUCCUAUGGGAGCGUCGUAUUUCCCAAAGGAGCUCCUACUCUUACCCUCAGCGUGGCUGCGCAGGUUGAAUAACGUUGUGAUCGAGUCCUAUCAUAAGUCAGGAGGCCAUUUUGCUGCCUAUGAACGGCCGGAAGAGCUUACUGAAGAUGUGCGAAAGAUGUUCGCGAAGGGGGGUCCCGCAUUCGCAGUUGUCCCUGGAAAAAGUGGAUAUGCUUGAACAACCAACGUUCGUAUGCUACUUGAAUGAUUCGGACUGAACAUUGGGUGGAAGUGUACGAUAGGUAGUGUCAUUCAGAAUAUCGGUAUGAAAUCAUGUAUCCUGUCCCUUGCAUCUUGCGUAAUAACCAUAUGAUAAUUCGACCCUGUUCCUUUAG